UGGUCCCACUGAAGGCACAAGCUGCUCGCUGCCUGCCCCACGGGAUGAGUGCGAGAAGUAACGAGGUUUACUUUCCCAGGGCGAACCUUUGCCAGGAGACGCUGCUUGCUCUGGCAGGGUAAAGCCAGACGAGGCGCGAGAGCGGGUUGGGUGACGAGCGCCAGCUGCGGAGAAUGAGGCUCGUCUUCUGCGCCCUGCUGUACGCCGGGGCGCUGGGGCUGUGCCUGGCCCCUCCUGAGAAAACUGGAGGAUGGUGCGCCACAUCAGAUCAUGAGGCCAUGAGGUAUGCCAGUUUCUGAGACAAUAUUAAAAAAGUGUUUCCAGCAGAUGGUCCCCUUGUCACUUGCGUGAAGAGAGUCUCUUCCCUUGAAAACAUUAAGGCCAUCGCAGCAAAUGAAGCAGAUGCUGCGACCAUUGAUGGAGGUUUAGUGUUUGAGGCAGGCGCCUACAGCCUGAAGCCCAUCAUGGCAGAAUUCUAUGGGUCAAAAGAUGGUGUGUUCUCCCUGGGGACGGGUGUCUCUGGUCGGACACUGCAGCAAUGUGUCAUCAGUGUGUGUGUGACCACAGCCGGCCUCAGUCUGACUCACUUGAAGGACCCCGGCAUAUUCCUGGGACGCCUCUGCAUCCCACCAUUAUGUCACUGCUGUGGUGAAGAGCGCACCAACUGCCAGCUGAGUCAGCUCCAAGCAGCGGCCGAGUUCUUCUCUAGCAGCUGUGGCCCCUGUGCGGACAUGAAGAAGUUCCCCCGCCUGUGUCAACUGUGUGCAGGGAAAGGGACAGACAAGUGUGCCUGCUCCUCCCAAGAACCGUACUUCGGCUACGUGGGAGCCUUCAAGCUCCUGGCUGCUUUUGGCCUGGGCUUAGCUGUGGGGUUCAGAGGCCCUUCAGACAAAGCCGUCGCCUCUGUUACCCUGACUGGGCCCCUAGACCUGCUUCCAUCUCUCAACCCUCUCACCUUUCCCCAGCAGUCUCUGCAUCAAAGGGAAUGUGGCCCCUUUAGUGGGGGACCUAGGCUGUCCUGGCAUGACAACCUGGCAAACAAGGCUGACAGGGACCAGUAUGCCCUUUGCCUGAACAACACCCGGAAGCCGGUAGAUGGAUACAAGCACUGCCAUUUGGUCUGGGUCCCUUCUCAUGCUGUCAUGGCCCGAAGUGUGGGUGGCAAGGAGGACUUGAUCUGGGAGCUUCUCAUCCAGGCCCAGGAACAUUUUGGAAAAGACAAGUCAUGGGGAUUUCAGCCCUUUGGCUCUCCUCUCGAGACAGACCUGCUGUUUACUGAUGCUGCUCAUGGGUUUUUAAGGCCACCACCUAACAUGGAUGCCAAGCUGUACCUGGGAUAUGAGUAUUUUUCUACGACUCAGGAUGCAAAAAGAGGUAUGCAAGGAGGCCGAGAGCAGUUUAGGUCUAAGUGUGUGAAUUUCCCCAUGGAAGGCUAUUAUGUCAUGGCUGUGGUUAAGAAAUCAGAUGCUGAUGUCACCUGGAACUCUCUUCGAGGCAGGAAGUCCUGCCACACUGUAGUUGGGACUUCUGCAAGCUGGAACAUCCCCAUGGGCUUAAUAUACAAUCAAACCGGGUCCUGUAAAUGUGAUGAGUUCUUCAGUCACAGUUGUGCCCCUGGGUCUAACCCGGAUUCCCCUCUCUGUGCUCUGUGUGGUGGCAGGUGCAAUCCUGCCCACAUGUGGGCUCACAACAGCCAGGAGAGAUACUACGGCUCCAAUGGGGCUUUCAGGCAAAUAGGACUGGUGGCACGGACCAGCUCGGCCGCCCUGGAGUCAGGAGCAGAGCCACCCGGUUCCCAGCCCGCCUUAGCCGCUCCUGGCACCGAGCGAGCCGCGAUGACAAUGGCUGGAUUGUGCUUCAUGUCCCUUCUCAUCAGCAUUUCUGUGCUGGGCUCCUUCCACUCGCGGGUCGUCUCCAGAGCUCAGGAAAUGAGGUGA